AUGAUUGACCCGAGGAACAUUUUGAAUAUUUGCAUCUGGAUACUGCUUAUAGCCUCAACAUGUAUUUAUUCUAAUGACUUCCUGUCCUCUCACAGUGAGGUGGAGCUCCUGCUGCUGGACCAGCGCGAGGUGUGGGCUGCAGAGGACGGCUGGCUGCUGUUCGACCUGACCGCCACCAGCAACCUGUGGCUGGUGAACCCGGAGCAGAACCUCGGGCUGCACCUGGUGCUGGAGGACAGCCACGGCCAGAGGAGGAACCCCCGUCUGGUGGGGCUGGUGACGGGGAACGGGUCUCAGGAGAAGCAGCCCUUCAUGGUCGCCUUCUUCAAAGCCAAUGAGGUGCGAUUCCGCAGUGUCCGAUCCGCGCAAGGACCCAAGGGGCGCCAAGGGAACCGCUCCAAACCCCAGAGGACGGUCCAAGACGCUCUGAAGGUCGUGGAGGCUGCAGCAGAUACCCUCAGCCUCUCCAAAGAGGGAUGUAAAAAGCACGAGCUGUAUGUCAGCUUCAGAGAUUUGGGAUGGCAGGACUGGAUCAUCGCACCAGAGGGCUACGCAGCGUUUUACUGCGAGGGAGAAUGUGCCUUCCCUCUCAACUCCUACAUGAACGCCACCAAUCAUGCCAUCGUGCAAACUCUGGUGCACUUUAUCAACCCGGACACGGUGCCUAAGCCGUGCUGCGCCCCCACCCAGCUCCACGGCAUCUCAGUGCUCUACUUUGACGACAGCUCCAACGUCAUCCUCAAGAAGUACCGCAACAUGGUGGUCAGAUCCUGCGGCUGCCACUGACCGCUUGCAACCCCCUCCUGUGAGUUUGUGAACAAAUCUGGAGGGACGCUGAAGAAAGGCAGAUGUGAAAGAGCCAGAGACGAGAUGAUUGACAGGCUGGUCAUCAGGGAGCUCCUGCCAGCUUUAAUCUGGAGAACUGCUUUUAUGAGCAGCAGCUGAGCCUCACAUGCAGCAUGAACCACUUCCACAAACCUUUCCAAACUUUUGCUAACAAAGAAAGGAUGAACAAAGGGGUUUGUUUUCCUUUCCUUUUGAGAUUGACUAGAACAAGUGCAUUAAAAGGACACUGAGCAAUGUUGAGCUACUUCAGAGACUCAAAUAAAACAUUCAGUGCUAGCAACAGAAAGUAAAAACACACCUAUCUGAAUUUAAAUGAAGGGUCUUCUUGCAUUUAGAAUAUAAAACACUGCCUGGGUGG